AUGGACCAGGUGGAGAAAUACUCACUUCUGGUCCUGGAUUGUGGCAGUCGAACCGAGAAGCUGCUGCUGUGCCAGAGGUUGAUGGAUAAAGUGCUCACCUGCUUUCAGAGACGCCCUGAGGCUGUGUGCAGACUCAUCUGUUUUCCGUGGGCAGGGGGAGGAUCCAUGCACUACGCCCGAUGGGGACCUGUCCUCAGCAGCUCCAUCGAAGUGUUCGCGGUCAAACUCCCCGGACGAGAGUCUCGAGCCCAAGAGCCGUUCUUCAGUUCCAUGCAGCAGGUUGUGGAUGAGGCCCUCGCUGCGUUGCUGCCGCUGCUGAAGGAGAAACCCUUCUCUCUGUUUGGACACAGUUUUGGAGCCUUGGCGAGUUUCGCUGUAGCCCACGCUCUGAAGAAAGAACACAACAUGGAACCAGUUCAUUUGUUUGUGUCCGGAGCUUCUGCGCCGCAUUCCGAGCGGCGCCUGAAUCAGCCGAAGAGAAGCGAGUUUUCGGACGAGGACUUUCUGAGGUGGAUGAGUGCGGUCGGAGGCACCCCCCCAGAGCUGCUCUCAGACCCCCAGGUCCUGCAGCUGUUUGUGCCCGCGCUGAAGGCCGAUCUGCGGGUGGUCGAGAACUACACGUGGACCCGAGCGGACACGCCCCCUCUGUCCUGUCCAAUCACGUGCUUCGACGGGAAAGACGACGUUCCACACGACUUACAAGGUUGGAGAGACGUAACGACCGGAGACUUCACGGUGCAGAUUCUGGGCGGUGGUCAUUUCUAUCUGAAGGAAUCGACCAAUCAGAAGACUCUGUUGGACUUUAUCACUAAACAGUUGGAAACUUCAGAACUUCACUAUUUUUAA